UUGAAAUUUCUGAGGAACGUGAGGCUAUCUAAAUAAAAUUCAAAGUUUGAACUGGAAGAAAAAAAAAAUAAAGAAUAAAAUAUUGCUACGAAGAACUUAUCGAGAAAAUAUUUAACGUAAACAAAACUUAUGUAAAUAUCAUUUCCAUGUUGAAAUAUAAAGAAAGCAAUAGAAUAAAUGACAAGAUGAAUGCCAAGAUAUAGGCCUAUGCACAUAGUAACUGUGAAAGUAUUUUGUACUCUUUAUAAUUAGGAUUAAAAGAUGCCGAGUAAGAAAAAGAAAUAUAAUGCCAGGUUUCCACCUGCAAGAAUUAAAAAAAUAAUGCAAACAGAUGAAGAAGUUGGAAAAGUUGCAGCUGCUGUUCCUGUUAUAAUUUCUCGAGCCUUAGAGCUUUUUGUAGAGUCUUUAGUAAAAAAAGCUAGUGAAAUAACGCAGACAAGAAAUGCUAAAACUCUUACAACUUCUCAUUUGAAAGCUUGCAUUCUUGCAGACAACCAGUUUCAUUUUCUGAAAGAUCUCGUGUCCUGUAUUCCGGAUGUUCAAGGUGAAGACGAUUCAUCUAAUCCUUCAAUAAUACCACAGCCUGGUUUGACACAGUUGCCUCCACGUCAACCAAAACGUAGAAAGAAUCAAAAUGUAGAUGGAAAUGCAGGACCAAGUCAAUCAACAGCUGAAGAGUCAGAAAGUGGAAGUGGUCAGGAAGAUGAGGAUUCAGAAGAAGCUAGUAGUGAAAAUACAUCUGAUUAUGUCCCAACUGGAUCAACUACAUUCCAGCAUAGUUCAGUAGGUCCUAAUUUCAACAGUUCUUCAAAUUUAACACCAGAUAUUCAUUCUUUGAGAAUGCAAUUUCCUGGCAUUCAGAACUGCAAUACGGCCGUCAGUAGUGCCGAGGAUGAUUACGAUUCUUGAGACAUGCUCACACUGCUUCCGCACAGAAUAGCUUCAACAAGAUUUAAGGAAGCAAAACUUAAGUUGUAUAAUAUGUAAAAAGACUAGUGUUUAAAACUUGUUUUUAAUUGAUUAUAUAUAAACUGCACUGAGAUAACCAUUGUACUGUUCAAAAGGAUUUUUACGAUAGUUUAACUCAUAUCAGGGAUAAAACAUAGUAGCGUGAAAUAUUUGACCUUUUGGGUACCAAACUUUUUGCAGUUUAUGACAUUUUUCUAAGGAAAGAAAUAUAGAGAAUUAUUUACAAAAGAAAAAAAAAGGGAUUUCUUAAUUACAAAAUAUUUUUUAAAAUCUCUUCCCAAAAGACAAAGUUAUAACUAAAAUAAAGAAUCUUGUAAGAUCUCUCUUCAGUAAAAUUAAUUUGUUAAUUAGAUUGAAAGCUUAAAAUUUAACAUAUUUGGUAUGUUUAGAAAAGGGAUUUAAAUUGAUGCUGAAAAAUGUAGUUUUAUUUUUAUGAAAACACUUCAGAGUUAAAAAAGUAGAGAAAAAAAAAUUUUAUAUAAGUCGUCAUCAAACAUUUGUAUAUAGAUCUUGCAAUUGAUCUUUUUUACUCAUUGGGUUGUCAGCCAUGUUGGAUAUGUAAUGGAUAAAUACAAUAUGUGUAUUUGAAAUAUAUGUAUAUAAUGUAUAUUUUAAUUUAAAUCAUUUUUGAUCAAAUUAAAAUUAUUUUAAAAUAUUAAAAAAAAGCAAAUAAUACAUAUAAAUAUAAGUAUUUUGAUUUGUUAAAUAUAAUUUAUUAUCUUUAGUAAUAAUUUAUAUGCAGAAUAUCCUUUAAAAGACUGAUACAAGUCUUAUUUCAAUUAUUAUUUAUUAUAUGAGGUUUGAAUUAGAUUAUUCGUAACAUAUUUUAACUGAAACAUUUUCAGAAAAUCGGUAUGAAAACAAGAUUAAAUCUGAAAACGUAAAUAUAAAUGUUUUGUAUUUAUUAUUUAAACUGAUUUUUUAAUCAGAAAGUUUGGUUUUUGUUAUUCAUUUAUUUGUAAAAUACCAACGAAGUAUGCAAAAAUCCUAAUGUAAAACAAGUUUAGGAAUCUUGAAAUGAUUCUCAUUUCCAUAAAAAUUUACUUCUGUAUAAAUUUUAUUUUUUGCUAAAUGUUUUAUUCAUCAAUGCUCAGAAGAGACUAUGGAGUUUAAUGAUUAUUUUCACAUUCCCAAACAUGCAUAAUGCAGUUGUUUUGAGUUCUUUGCUGUUUUAAACUAAACACACAACAGAAAAAAACUCUUUUUGACCCAAAAAAGUUUACUGUUUUUUAAAAUAUUUUAUAAACACAAUUUCAUUCCCAAAUUAAUAUUUUGAAAGCUAAGUACAAUACCGUAAAUGAUCUUAAUUCAAACCUUACACAAUCAAUAACAAGUGAAAUAAGGGUUUAAUCAGCAUAUUUUGAGGUCGUAUUUUGUAUAUACCUAGCACUGUAGUUUUAAUUUUAGAUAGAAUGUAUAUCAUUUACUAUAUGUUCAAAAAUGAUGUGACUUAUGAAAAUCUUAUUUAAAAAUCCUUGUUAGUUUUCAUAAAUCUAAAUAUUGUUUAUGACCUUAUUUUUGUCUAAUCGCACAAGAUUUUCAAUUUAUUUUCCAACAGUAAAAUCAGUCUCAGUGACAGUAUAAAAUAUAAGAUACAUUUAAAAAUGUAUGCAUUAUUAUAUAUUUUGUUAUUGAAAGGACUAUAAAAUAGAUUUGUUAAAAACUGAAACUGUUUUUAAACAGAGUGAAGAAAAUGAUUUUUUUUUCAUCCAAAAUAAUUUCAUUGUCUGAAAUCAUCAAGCAACUUUGAAUAGUUUAAAGUUGCUGGAGUUAUCUUUAAACUCUUUCAUUUGUUAUUUUUGUUAUACAUAUAUAUAUUUUCAUAUAAUUACUUAAGUAAUUUUGAUUAGCAAAACUAAGGACAAACAAACUAUUUCAUUUUAAAUACUGUAAUACUUAGAAAUUACAAGUAAAAUUAAUUUAGUUUUGACAUUCAAAGUAUUCAUAAGGUAUCAAGUUUUUUAUAUAGCUAGUCUGCUGCUUUCGAAAACUUUUACUAAAGUAAUGAAAGUUUCUUACACCUGCGAAACAUUUACAUGAGAAUUUAUGGUAGAUUAAUAUGCAUAAUUUUUUUAAAAUAACUUUGUAACAAGAAUAAAAUAGUUUUCAGAGCAGAAUAUCCAUUUAUAUUUCUAAUGUGGCACAAUAUUAAGCAUCAAAUAUAAUUGCACCAUCUAUAUACAAAAUGAACAUCGCUUGUCAUUUAAUAAAUUUUACUUCAUUAUUUCAUCACUGGACUGCUUUAAUAUAGAACCGCUUAGCAAUAUGUUCAUACACCAUGGAUUCAUGAUGUAAAUUUAUUCUGAAUGCCAUUCUCGUGUCUCGUUGAAGCAAAAGAAAAAGUUUAAAGAAUUCAAAUUUAUUUCUCCGAUGUUGGAAUUUAAAUUAUUGUAGAAUGUUUAAUUAUAAAUUUUUUUAAAAAUUGAUUUCUAGAUCUCAUUUUAUUUAGAGUAAUGAUAAAGAAUGUAGGUUUUCUUCUGUGUCAAAGUCUAAAAUUAGAUGUUAAUUUUUUAAUUUAGAUGACUUUUUCCUCAGUUUGUGCCACACAAUCUGAUCUCGUAAAUGCCGGUGCUAAUACUUUCAGACUUAAGUUAUUUAACAAGAAAUUUUUUACGCCAACAUAAAAUAUAAAAAUUUGAAAGAUCUAUGCACUUCGUAAUAAAUUUUAAACAGCAAUAAGGAAUUUAUUUUGCAUUUGAUAAAAAAAUUUUUCAAGUUUUCAUUUUUCUUCCCAUAAAUUUAUUGUGUGGCAUUGGCUGUUAGAUUUAAUAUUUUAUACUAAAAGGUUGUUCUUUUUAUCUUACAUACAUUGUAUUAAAGAUUUAUAUAUAUUAUACUGUACAUCAUCUGAAUUAUCAAUCAUUUCACAUGU